CAACAACAUAUGACAACGACCUUAAUGCACAAGUAGGCUGCCGAAGGCACAACGCCACAACUCCCUCGGUUCUCUUCUUUCUCUCUCUUUGCCCCUUCUUGGAUUCUGUCUUAUAUAUGGAGAGCACAACAGUAUCUAUAUAUAGAGAGAGAAAGAAUAUUAUUUUACACCAGAGAGAAAUGGAGAACAGCGGCGGAGGUGGUGGUGCUGCCUCAGGAGGGAGGAACUGUUCAACGGCGGGGAACAAGAGAAAAAACGAGAAGCCAUAUAAAGGCAUAAGGAUGCGUAAAUGGGGGAAGUGGGUAGCGGAGAUUAGAGAACCAAAUAAAAGAUCAAGAAUUUGGCUGGGAUCUUAUUCCACCGCCGUGGCGGCAGCGAGGGCCUAUGACACCGCCGUGUACUAUCUCCGGGGUCCGUCUGCUAAGCUGAAUUUCCCAGACGAAAUCGCUGCCGUUGGACUUAAAGAUCUGUCCGCGGAGGCGAUUCGGCAGUUGGCGGCGGAGGUUGGUGCCAGAGUUGACGCUCUUCAAUGUAAUUCGAUUAUUGCCACACAAUCCAAGGACCAUGCAAAUCCAUCUUUGCAAUCUUCUUGGUUUCAGGAGAAGGUUGACUUGAACCAGAAGCCCAAGCCAGAACCCGAUGAUCCAAGUAUUGAAUACUGGUGAAUAUCUGGCACGUUGUUCGACUGAACUCGACUCGAAUCGACCCAACUCGACUGGAUGAUGAGCAAAAUUUUAACUUUUUCCCUUUCGGUCCAGUAAAAUCUAAACUACCUUCUCAAAUAUGUUAUUAAAUGCUUUUCGGGUAUCAUAGAGAAGGUUUACUUGAAGUAGAACUCCAAGCCCGAAGAACAAAGUCUUGAUUGACUCUGAAUGUUAUUACGUUGUAAUGAAUACUACAAUGAACGAAAUUUUUACUUAAUUUCCA